GCGUCUAGGAGCUCUCGAACGACCGCCGUGCCUAUUAUAUAGACGGAGUCAAAGGAACUGAUUACAAAUUUCUACCCUUUUAUCAAAAUUGUUUGCGGCGAAGAAAACGUGUUUUUUUAUCUUUACACAUAUUGAUAAUAAAUAUCGCAGACCUCCUCGGUACGCUUAGUGCAAGUUGGUACCGUCAGUCAAACACGGGAAUUGUUUUUUUUUUUAUUUUAAGUUGCUGAUAAAUUUUAUCGCGGUGUGUAGUUUACUAUUAGUGACAUUUGUAGUGUGUCUUCGUGUGUGUUUGUCACAGACUAAAAAGUGUGCAUCUUGAUAACGUACCUGCGACGCAGUAGAGGGCUUUUAAAUCGUCCCGAACAUGUCUGGUAAGAACUAUUUUGACGGGACCGAUGCGACGUAUGAUGUGGCUGUGGCUGCCUUCAAGUUACCAGUUGUUGUGUCACCGCAAACCAGUACACAGCAUAGUGAUAACAGCGGUAGUAAUUCAGUUACACAUAGGAAGCAGAUCGAUCAUUCCAUCGUCAAUAGUGGCUCGAGUAUCUCGAGAGAAAAUUCGGAAGAAGUUAGUGAAAGUGAAAACACUGUUAGUAAACAUUCCGAUAGCGGACCGGUCUGUGGUGCCGCUAGAGAUAAGACCGGUGCAUUAUCAACACAGCUCACGAACGGAGGUGUAGGUGGUAGCAGCCACACAAGUGAUUCUAUGAUUUUCUCAUCGAUAAGAAGUGGCGAGGAGCAUGUAAACACUCCUUCGGUGAUUACAUCAAGUUCUAAGCAGUUACAGGAGAGUGCUCAGAGGUAUGAAGUAUUGACGAACGCCACUCAACAGCUGACGUCUCCACCACGGUACUCCACUUUGCAGCCCGUCCUCGCGGUUAGUCCAAAUUUAUAUCAACAGGGAGCUUACUUCAGCUACCCAAGCCAGACAGAUCCUUCCUUUAACAGUUGGCCAUACGAUUUGUCGUACAAAACAAGUGAACCCAUACGCCAUCCGCAUCAUCACGAUUCGCAACCGGGGAACGAAGAACGCAGUUUAAGCCAUCAUCACCAACACCAGCAAAGAGACGUCUACGGUGACUCCAGCAAUCAUCAUUCGCACGAUCCACAGAACCAGCAGCAGCAGCAUUCGAAUUUAAGCAUUAAUUCUAUUAGUAGCGAAUCGUCAGCCAUGAGGAGCAGUUUGUUAACGUUGUGCCCGCCUUAUGGUUCGUCCUUGGGGCAGCAUCUUGGCGACGACUUGCAUCACCAAGUAAACCAUCCUCAUCAGCAUAAUUCUGCGAUAGAUGAAGUAAUUGCCGAUACUUUGAAGGACGAGAAUUGCGCGAUCGUGGAUCAUUAUCUUACACUUGGAGGUGCGUCAGGCAUGGUUCAUCCUAGUUCUGAUUUGGGUGGCGAUUCACCUCAACACCACCAUAGCGACCUGCAUGAUCUGAAAGACUAUAGUGCUGCAGUUUAUCAUAACAAUAACGACAAAAGUGUGAUCAACUUCAAUCAUCAUCACCAUCAUCAUCAGCUGCAGCAACAGCAGCACGCACACAAUGGCAACAGCAGUGGAGGCGAAUCGCGAAGUCCCUCGGGCUAUUCGCACGACGAACUAGACGGCAAUUUGACGAGCUUCACUCAGUUGAUCAACGUACCUCGCGGGAGUGAUACUACCUCGUCAUCGGUGGCUGUGGCGGCGGUCACGGCUGCGAACAUGUACCAAUCAUCACCGGUUCACGACCACACAACCGCGGCGCUGAUGCAGCACGGAACCAGCAUUUACGAUGCUUUGCACGGCGGUGUUCCUAGCAGUCCCUCAUAUAGCCGCUGCAAUUUCCCUACGGCGGCUUCAAUGCAGUACUUCAACAAUAGCCCCACGCACGAUCCGACGCACAUGUGGUCUUCCGGUAUAACUGAUUCCGAAUACACAAAGGGAGGUCUGCCAGGUUUCCAGCGCAUCGCUCCCAGUACCAAUGCAGCCCGAGGCAAUCAUUACAAUUCUAUUUCAUCCAGCUACGGCCAACAGACUGAUUCCUGGCCAUCCCAUUAUGAAGUCAGCGCGAUUGCAUACAGUACUGCAUCCUCUGGAAAUGGUCGACGGACGACGCCUACCUUGACACCAAACUUCUCGGCAGCCGCCUCACUGACUGCAAUGGGCAUAGAAGCGGACUUGUUUACCGAGGGACGAGAAUGUGUCAAUUGUGGUGCGAUUCAGACCCCGCUCUGGCGUCGGGACGGAACAGGACACUAUUUGUGCAAUGCAUGCGGCCUCUAUCACAAGAUGAACGGGAUGAAUCGGCCGUUGGUCAAACAGCCCAGACGCUUGGUAAAAGAACCUAGUUCAGCACGACGCGUCGGACUGCAAUGUUCAAACUGUGACACUAAAAACACUUCGCUGUGGAGACGCAAUCAGGUCGGUGAACCGGUGUGCAACGCGUGCGGUCUCUAUUACAAACUGCACAACGUGAACCGACCGUUGACAAUGAAGAAGGACAACAUACAGUCACGCAAACGCAAACCGAAGGGCAGCAAAAACACCGAUGGAGCCACAUCGACCAGCUCGAAGAGCAGCAAUAACAAUAGUAACGGCGCUAGUAACAACAGCAACAACAACAACAACAACAAUAGCAGUAAUAGCACCACUACUAGCAGCAAUAAUAAUUCGAGCAACACCGCCAGCUCCUCCAUAUUGGGAAAUUCCCUUGUCGAGCUCAAAUCCUUAAAGGCAACGGUGGGCCAUCCGAGUAUCAUCCAAUCCACUUCGACACAUUCCAGCAUCGGUAGCAACGUGUCUCCAACCCAUCAGUCGCCAUCACCAGCACAUCACAACCAGCUUUCCCCGAUUCCAUACACCGAACAAAUACCGUCACCAACCAUCAUGAGUACUAACAAUAACAACAAUAAUAAUAACGCCAAGUACAAUAACCAGAAGAGCGUCUUUCUGAUGCCACCCUACGCAACAUCGUUGGCCAAUGCCAGCUCAUUGGCCAAUCACCAAACAAACGUGUCAUCGUUAAGUCCAAUGGGCUACCAUCUCAGCAGCAACGGACAGUCUAAUGGUUCCAUAAUGAGCCCAAAGUUUUCUCAAAGUCCAUCGGAAUCGCCUAGUAGCAUGUAUUACGAUAUGAUACAUUCGGACGUCAACGGUGUCGAUCAGCACAGCCUGGGGUCGAUAGUUAAAAUGGAACCAAUGGCGAACCACUACUCGACAGCCUAUCAGACGAUUCACCAGCAGGUGGUACAACAGCAUCACCACCACCAGCAGCAACAGCAUCAACAAAUGCAAUUGCAGCAUCAGCAAAUGCAUCACCAAAGCCGAAGCCCGUCAGUUUCCGAUGAGAACGAACAAUCCCCGGAAUGUCUUGAAAACAAGCAUAACAUCACUCGGCCGACUGUGGUCUCCAUGCCCAGCUAAGCUACACGCAAUGCAAUGAUGGAGGCCGGGCUGUGAAAAAAAAAAAAACAUUUCUGAAUCUCAUGCUCAGAAGCCAAAUGCUGAUAAAACCAAAAAGACUAAUAAGAAUAGCUAAACCAACAUUUUCUCUUGUGAUGAUUCAUCAUGACAAUACUAUAUGGUAAUGUUCAUAUGGGCAGGUACUAUCUAGAGGAGGAGCUUCAUAUCCGUUCCAAAAUCGUUUAGAAUAAUGAUAUUUCGUUAUAGUGUGUUGACAGUAAAGAGUUGAUUGUUUUGUAAAUAGAUUACCGAAUGUAAAAAGGCUAACAGCAUCAAAACGAGUGUGUCUUCUAAUCAGUUGCUCCAGCCCAAAGCUUUUGUAUAAAAUUGGAUUUUUUUAUGAAAGAUAUGGUUAAACUAGAUGUAAACAUAAUGUUCUUUUGAUCAGCGCUAUUGCUUUUCGCGGCCGUUUUUGCAACAGCACCUCUAGGCACGGAUGUUGCGAUUAGUAUAAAUGUAUAGUUUUUAACACGAGUGUGUAUAAAAAUAGCUCUCUGACUCCAACAUGAAUACUUCAAAAACUUUCCAUAUCCUGAUAAUUUCGAGUGAUCGAGCGCACAAGGGUUGUGCUUGAUCGGAUGCAGGAAAUCAGGUUGAUUCUUAUUUAAAAGAAUAGUUGCUAAAAAUUUGGUUAUAAAACGUGUUCUAGAACAUACAUUAUGUUACGUGUUAAUACUGCAUUUGUCGUUAAAUUAGGUUUAAUUAUUGCAUAAUAAAUUUUUUUAGCUAAACUCAUAA